AUGAUCUCCCCUCAACCGCAGCUUUUCCUGCUUGGCUCCGAUUCGACCGUUCUUUACAACACAGCAUACGGCCGACUGUUGUACGACCAUCAUCCGCAGUACCAAGGACGACCUAUAAGCCUAAACACAGCUUUGGUUCAACAACUGCCCUUGAUCGACAAACUUGGCGAGUGCCUAAGGGCAAAGUCGGAUCUUCAUGGCGAGCAAAAAGUGCCCUUCUUUUUCUCCCGGAAUGGCCGCCUCGAGGAAGUGUUCUUGUCCAUCACCACAACGGGUCUACCGCCGUCCCUGGGCGGAUCCCAUGCCACAGCGUACAACGUCACCCGAGAUAUGCUGGAAUUUCGUCGUGAGAAUUCUUUGGACAAAUUUCGCAGUUCCUGCGAGACUGCCAUGGAUCUGGAUACGCUGUGGCCCUCUAUCUUGAAAGGCAUAUCCAAUGGAGACGGAGACAUAUCGUUUGCCGCGUUAUACCGCGCAGAGACGAUUGGAGAACAUGAAAAAGAGACCGCUUCUUCUGAGGAGCAGGCUCCUUCACCGACCUUCGUUCUCUCUGGUACUGUUGGUUCCUUCCCGACCGCGCCUCCUCCAAGACUCGAGCCAAUCAUGGAUCAAGGAUGGGUUGACGCCUUCUACAGGAGUGUCAAUACUCGUACACCGGUACUUCUCCAGGCUGAGGACGGUACACUCCCCCAGGAAAUUGUUUCGAACCGGACUGCCAAUGUUCAUGCUGCCUUAAUCGUUGGUCUGGCACCUCGUACGCCUUACAAUCGCGCCUAUCAAGCAUGGAUCAAGACGCUCCAUCGUGACUUCUCCCACGAGGUGAUUUCGAUGGCAAACGCUGAAGCUAGGAGCCGUACUGAGAAAAUCCGCAAAGAACGCAUUGCUAGAGACGAGGAUGUUUCCACCAAGGAAGAAGCUCUGAAACAACAAGAGGUUGCGCGCGCAGCAGCUCUGGAGCAGCUUCAUCUCAGCGAAUCGCGGCUGCAGCAAGCCGUAGAAGCCAAAAGGCAACAAGAGAAUGCUGUCAUGCAUUGCGCGGAUUCAAUAGCUCACUCGCUCUCCGAAGUGAAGCUUCUCCUUAACCAGUGCGAGAACCGAGGUACACCCGAUAACGAAAGCUCCCGCACCGCCGACGACUUACGCAAUCUCAACAGCAGCAUGUGCGAUGCUGUCGACACGAUCAUGGCAUGCACUAUGCAUCAGAAACGCAUCAUAGACGAUAUUCUUUCGCUGUCCAAACUGGACUCGAAUUUGCUUGAGAUCUGUCCAACGGUGUUCCAAGUCAAGAGCUUCUUGGGUCAGGUCGAGAAUACUUUCAAGACCGAGGCUGAGCAAGCUGGUGUCCAGCUUGUAGCUGUAGCCGAUCCUUCAUUGACCGAACUCGGCGUUGACUGGAUCGAUGCUGAUCCGGGCAGAGUGACACAGGUGUUGUUCAACAUGGUCGCCAAUGCGAUCAAAUUCACCAAAGAUAAAUCCGACGAAAGAGCUGUUACCGUUCGUAUUGGAGUAGCGUCAUGGCCACCUACUGCUAUCUUCGACGGUCUCACCAAAGCAGUGCAAAAGACCGGAUCAGUAGACCAAUCGGAACCAGAGGAAGGGUCCAUCUUUUUGUGGUUCAAAGUUGAAGAUACAGGGUGCGGAAUGGAUGAAUCGACCAAAGCGCGCGUCUUCAGCCAGUUUACUCAGAACAUGCCAAAGACAUACAGUAAAUACGGUGGUUCCGGACUGGGUUUAUCUAUCAGCAAGAAAUUGGUGGCCUUGAUGGGUGGCGAGAUUGGCUUCCAGUCUCAGCAACAUAUCGGAUCUACGUUUGCUUUCUACACUAAAGCAUCGAGGGCUCUACCACCGAGGCCGUCUCUAUCCACCAGGAGCUCCGAAAAGUCGAUCACGUCCGAAGGGUCGACCUCGUCGCUACCCCACGCUAUAAGCACCGCCGCGGAUGCACCGCCAGCAGUCCAGUCCAGUAUUCUGCUUGUGGAGGACAACAUGGUCAACCAGCGGGUGCUCAAGAAACAACUACAGCUCCAGGGGUAUAUCGUUUACACAGCCGAUAACGGACAGGAAGCUUUCGACUUCAUUCAGACCACACAACACUGGAAAGGCUCGACUUCAUCGCAACCACGUGUCAACGAACCACGUAUCGACGUCAUCCUCAUGGAUAUUGAGAUGCCUAUUGUCGAUGGGCUUGAGUGCGCAAGUAUGAUUCGCGCCGCGCAGGAAGACGGGUCAAUCGAUAAGCACCUUCAUAUCAUCGCUGUCACCGCGAAUGCAAGACCCGAGCAACUGAAGCGCGCGAGAGAGACUGGAAUGGAUGACGCGGUUCCGAAGCCGUUCCGAGUGAGAGAACUUGCAGCUGUUAUCGAGCGAUUGAGAGAUGAGUGA